AUGUCAAGUCAUUGUGAAAGACGAGGUAAACGAUGCGUUGCUUUCGGGUGCUGGAACACGAACCUCGACGGUGUUUCGCUUCACGCAUUCCCCCUCGACAGACCGUCUUUGAGCAAACUUUGGACGAAGUUUGUUCGGGUGAAAAGAGCUAAAUGGCCUGGUCCUACAAAACAUUCCGUGCUUUGGUCAGUCCAUUUCACAGACGAGUGCUACCCGGCAAAAUACAAGUUUAUGCGUGCGAUGGGACAAGUUCCGGGAAGGAAAACUUUGCACAAAGAUGCCGUACCAAAAAUUCAUACCGGCGUCUUGGCUGAUAGUAUUAGUAACAGCACUGAUACAAGUCCAGCGUAUCCGGCUGUGUCAACACCUAAAAGGCCAAGAAUUGCUUUUCUUAAAAGAGAAAAUGCUAGGGUAACUCUGCAGUAUUCGGAGGACACCCAUGACAAUGACACAAGCCACCAAGUACAGGACACUGAUUCUCUUACCCGGGCAGACAGCUCUAUUCAG